AUGGCCGACGCAUCUAAAGUAUCGUUUCAGACCGCCUCUACCGCCAAUCUACCGCAGAUAAACAAGGAGGAUGACUCUACUACCACUCUCAACAAUCAGUCCGACACAGACUCGUUUCUAGUCCUCUUUGAUGAGGGUGACCCAGCUAAUCCCAAGAACUGGUCUGUUACAAAAAAGUGGUACCUCACCCUCGCUGCUGGUCUCCUGGUCCUCAAUGCUACCUUCUCGAGUAGUGCCCCAUCCAUUCUGGUACCCACUUUCAUCGAGGAAUUUCAGAUAUCCCAAGAGGUCGGAACGUUGCCUAUUUCGCUUUUCGUGUGCGGUUACUGCGUUGGCCCUUUACUUUGGGCACCGUUAUCGGAACAGUACGGACGACGCCCAAUAUUUAUCAUAUCUUUCUUCAUAUACAUGUGUUUCCAAAUCGGAUGUGCUUUGUCACAAAACAUCGCAUCCAUGUUGAUUUUCCGUUUCCUUGGGGGUACAUUUGCAGCUGCCCCUUUGGCAAAUUCAGGCGCGCUCAUAUCGGACAUCUGGGACGCAAACCAGCGCGGCACUGCUCUGGCGGUUUUCACCGUGGCUCCGUUUGCCGGACCAGGUAUUGGACCAGUAGUUUCAGGAUACCUUGUUCUGGCUGGUAUAUCAUGGCGCUGGCUUUUUUGGAUAUUGACUAUUUUUGCAAGUCUUGCCGGUGUCUGCUGGUUGCAGAUUGUUUUCACGAUGCCUGAAACAUAUAGUCCGGUGCUUCUUGCCAAGAAAGCCAAAGAGAUCCGAAAGCGCACUGGAGACGAGAGAUAUCAUGCUGCCAUUGAAUUACAAAACACGACAUUCUCACAGCGCCUAGAGGUCAUUCUUGGUCGGCCUUUCAAAAUUCUUUUUACUGAGCCGAUGAUGACUGUUAUAACACUGUACAUGAGCUUUGUCUAUGGCUGUAUAUACCUGCUUUUCGAGGCCUAUCCUGUGGUUUUCACCGAGGGGCACAACUUGAAUGCGGGUGUUUCUGGACUCGUGUUCCUUCCGCUGCCCAUUGGCGCGUUUCUUGCGGUUGUAACGUACAUUAUAUUUUUUAACCCAAGUUACGAGCGCAAAGCUCAAGAAUGCAAACCAAACCCUGUGCCGCCAGAGUUCAGAUUGAAGGUAGCCAUGGUCUCAGCGCCAUUCCUUGUCGUAUCGUUCUUCUGGUUUGCAUGGACGUCCUUUCCUAGCAUUUCGAUAUGGGCGCCGAUGCUGUCGGGUGGAUUGCUUGGAUGGAGCAUUUGCUUAAUAUUUCUUGCCCUGAUUAACUACAUCAUCGAUGCAUAUCUGGCUGUCGCUGCCUCGGCGCUAGCUAUAGCUACUGUCGUUCGCAGUCUGUUUGGCGCUGGAUUUCCUCUUUUCGCCGCUCAGAUGUACGAUAGGCUUGGCCCUGAAUGGGCUUCGUCACUACUUGGUUUCAUUGCUCUGAUCAUGACGCCAAUUCCCUUCGUCUUGUCAAAAUAUGGACCAAUACUGAGAUUCAAGUCGAAAUAUGCUCCUUCCGGACCUCUACCUUCAAGCUCUCCGGCAUAA